AUGGACGACGUAAAAUCACUACCUUCAAAGGACAUAAUCCUCCAGCGAGAAUCUCGCGAUGAUGGGAGGCCAUCACCUGAGUUCGGAAAGCCGAUGCUACAGAAUUUCCUCUUCGACCUGAGCUAUCGAAACCUUAACCACGGCUCCUACGGCACUUACCCUCGCGAGAUCCAGAAAAAGCUACGGCACUACCAGGACCUCGCCGAAUCAAAACCAGACUCCUUCAUCCGCUACAAGUAUCCACUCCUCUUAGACUCAUCCCGCGCCGCCGCUGCCAACCUCCUCAACGCGCCCCUUGACACAAUAGUCUUCGUCCCCAACGCAACCAUGGCCGUGAACACCGUCCUUCGGAACCUGCAAUGGAACGCCGACGGCAAAGAUGAAAUCCUCUCCUUCACUACCAUUUACGGUGCCUGCGGCGCUACCAUAGACUACAUGGUCGAGUCGAACCGAGGCCUCGUCUCGUCUCGAGAAAUCGUAUUAACGUACCCCUGCGAAGACGACGAGAUCCUAUCCCUCUUCUGCGCCGCGGUGGAGACGUCCCGAAAGGAGGGAAAACGACCCAAGAUUUGUCUGUUCGACACCAUAACCAGCAUCCCCGGUGUACGAUUCCCCUUCGAGGCGAUGACAAAGUUGUGCCGUGAUUUCGGCAUCCUAAGUCUCAUUGAUGGCGCCCACGGUGUUGGGCAAAUCGAGCUUGAUCUAAGCACUCUGGACCCGGAUUUCUUCCUCAGCAACUGCCACAAGUGGCUGUACGUCCCGCGCGGUUGUGCAGCGUUCUACGUACCCCCUAGGAACCAGGGGUUGAUACGGUCGACUGUGCCUACGUCUCACGGGUAUGUUUCCAAGAUGCCGAAGCGGGCCAAUCCCCUACCGGUGGGAAGGAAGUCGGCGUUUGUGAAAAAUUUUGAGUGGAUGGGGACGAUUGACAAUAGUCCGUACAUAUGUGUCAAGGAUGCUAUAGAUUGGAGAGAACAGGUGUUGGGUGAGGAGAGGGGGAUUCGUGAAUACAUGCAGAAUCUCGCGAGGGAGGGAGGCAAAAGGGUCGCGGAGAUUCUCGGGACGGAGGUUAUGGAGAAUAGGAAGGGCACGCUGACGCAGUGUGCUAUGGUCAACGUGGCGUUGCCCUUUCGGAUAAAUACGUCUGCUUCGAAGACGGAUUCAACUGCAUCACCAAAAGGAGAGCGCUUGGGCACAUCGAACGCUCGAAAUUCAGGUGAGAUAAGCAUAUCGGAGUCCAUCAAGAUCGAGUUAAGCCUCCGAGGUGGUGCAGAAGCAGAUGAAUACUGGCUCCCAGAAGAAGAAGUGUUGGGCGUAACGGAGUGGAUGCAAGAAACUCUGAUACGCGACUACAAGACAUUCGUUGUCGUGUACCCGCAUGGACAUCGUUUGUGGACCAGAUUGAGUGCUCAAGUCUACUUGGAUCUUGAGGACUUUGAAUGGGCUGGGCACACACUGCAUGAGCUUUGCCAACGGGUGGCGAAAGGCGAAUAUUUGGAUUAG